CCGCGUACAGUCAGACAGAUAAGGAACGACACCAACCGGGAACAGCCAGAGCAGAGGAGGAGGCUCGCCGGUCGCCACUAAUUCUUGCUACGAGAGAGGCAGACAUGAGAGGCCAGGUGUUCUUCCUCGCACUCGCUCUUCUCGCCGUCGUCGCCCAAUCCAGUAGCAGGCACCACCGCCACCACGGCCAUGUCCGAACCAAAGGAUAUGCAUCAGUUUAGCUCACCGGGUAGAAUCAAUCAAUCUUUGGUCGCAGAGCAUGGAGGGGGAGGAGGAGGAGGGGAGCUAGCGCGGCCGGCGAGGGCGGCGAGGGCGUGGCCAUGCUGCGACGACUGCGGCGGGUGCACCAAGUCGAUCCCGCCGCAGUGCCAGUGCCUGGACGCGGCGCCCCGCGGGUGCCACCCGGCGUGCAGGGACUGCGUUAAGUCCAGCCUCAGCGCCGACCCGCCGGUGUACCAGUGCAUGGACCGCGUCCCUAACUUCUGCCAGCGCCGCUGCACCGCGGCCACCGCUGCCCACUGAUUGCUGUUGACGCACCAACCCACCCACCCCACCACCGGCGGCGAAUCCCAUCGUCUGAAGGCCAGCUGAAGCCCUUAGAUUUUUUCUUUUUUCUGUGUGUAAAGAGAGGAGGAAUCUGAUGGGCAACCAAACCAAUCUUGCUCGCUGUGGUGCCCUUUUUCUGUUGUUUUCUUUUUUUGACUCGACAGUAUCCCGUAAUUGCUGGCUACUGGCUACUACUGCUUGGUUGACUCUUGAUUGUGAUGAGAUGAGCAUGGCAAAUCGCUAAAUUUUUGUGACUAAA